AUGUAUUUAAAAGUCAUAAAUAUUUCUAUUGCCACCAACUGUCGGGUCAAUAGAAACAGAGCAAAUCCAACACCUUCGUCUACACGCUAUUGUAGACCAAUACAAUUUAUGUAUAAUAAAGAGAUGGUAGAAAUAACAUACAAUGAAGUAGAAAAAGUGGAAAAAGAAAUUUCAGAACUAAAACCCCUCAAAUUAAAUAUAAAUAAUAAUGUUGUGUCUAUUAAUUAUACAAUGGUAAUGUCGAUUAUUGAUGGCAAAGUAAUAAACACUUUAAUUGGAUCUUCAAGCCAAUAG